UCUGAGUUUAAGCAAUGACAAAAACUUUUAAAGAUAAGAUUUCAGAGUUAUAUCCAUAUGUAAAUGAAGAGGAAACCCCCUUACCAAGAAGCUGGAGCACUCAAGAUAAAUUCACAUAUAUUGGUUUAUCUCAGAAUAACCUCCGUGCUCAUUACAAAGGAGUGGGAAAAACACCCAAAGAUGCAGCAUCAGUUCGUGCAACCCAUCCUAUUCCAGCCACAUGUGGAUUGUAUUAUUUCGAGAUAAAAGUUAUCAGCAAAGGUCGUGAUGGGUACAUUGGUAUUGGAUUGUGUGCUGCCGGUGUGAAUAUGAACAAGCUUCCAGGAUGGGAAAAGGACUCUUAUGGAUACCAUGCAGAUGAUGGCCACUCGUUUUGCACGUCAGGUGCUGGAGAAGUGUAUGGUCCUACGUUCACAACGGGGGAUGUUGUUGGGUGUGGUUUGAACUUGAUAGACAAAACAUGUUUUUACACGAAGAAUGGUGUAAACCUUGGUAUUGCAUUUAAAGACUUAGUUUCGAAUUUGUACCCCACUGUUGGCUUACAAACGCCUGGCGAAAUUAUCGAUGUCAAUUUUGGUCAGGAAGCCUUUGUAUACGAUGUUACAGAAAUGAGAAAGGAGUUACGUGCACGCACGAUGAGAAAUAUUGAAAACUUCCCAGUAUCAUCAGAUGAUGGAACUUGGCAGUCAACACUACAGAAAAUUGUGUCUGCAUACUUGUUUCAUCAUGGUUAUUGCGCAACAGCAGAAUGUUUUGCAAAGAGUACUGGUCAACCUAUAGCAGAAGAAUUAUCAUCUGUUCGAAACAGACAGCGAAUACAAAAGCUUAUAUUAUCUGGGCGAGUGAGCGAGGCAAUUGAGACAACUCAGUCUUUAUAUCCUGGUUUACUAGAUCGUAACCCCAACUUAUUUUUCCAAUUAAAAUGUCGCCAAUUCAUCGAGAUGGUAAACGGUUGUGAUGGGGAGGUCAAACCCCUCGCUCACAGCCCAACAAGAAGCGCGCGAAACAGUCCCUGCGCAAGUCCUGCGCGCAGUCACUCAAAUUCCACUGGCUCAAGUUGCAGCGGAGGAAGCAGUAGCAGUGGCUAUCACGUGACGUCUGUAACAACCAAUCGGGAGUUUGAUGGUGUUGAUGGUAUGCAUGAAGUGAAUGGUGUAGAAAAUGGUGCAGAUGACACAGUGAUGCUUUCAGCAGACGAAGUCGUUAGUAACGGCGUAUGUAGAGAGGAAGGGAACUGUAGUAUGGAUGUUAGUGAUGAUUCAAGACUGAAUGCCACCAGUGUGUCUGUAAUUACAACAGCAACAAAAGUUAUGGAUACUGGUCCAUCAAUACGCCAACUUUGCGGUGGUAAUAUCUACGCUAUAGAAAAAUUAAUCGCAUUUGGAAAAACGCUGCAGAAUAUUUAUAAAGAAAUGUCAGCAGAAGAACGAAACGAGAUGCUGAUGAAGGAAGCAUUCAGCUUACUGGCGUACAACAACCCACGUGACAGCCCGGUCGGUUAUUUACUUGAUCCGUCACAACGUGAAAACAUCUGCGCUUCUCUCAAUACUGCCAUAUUAGAAUCUCAAAAAUUACCUGGUCAGCCUGUCUUAGAAUUAUCAAUCGGACAAGCAAGAGCAUGUUUACGAACAAUGGGGAAAAGUGGUCUUGGCGCAUGCGCUAUGGUAGAAGUGGAAGAUUUUUUUUGUGAUCGAUAGAAAAUUUUAUAUAUUUUAUCCUUUUUUUUGUAUAUAUUUGCGUAAUAAUAUUUCAAGUUAUAAA